GCUUUGUCAGCCGCGGCGCCCGCUCCGCCCGCAGUCCCGUGCGGCCGCUCCGCCGCUCCCCCCUCCGGCGGCAGGGCGCCUCCCGGCCCGCUCCGCAGCGCCCGGCUCCGAGGAGGCCGGGGCCAGGGCACCCGGAGGGCUCUGACAGCGGCUGCCCGAGGUGAGGAGAGGGGAGCGGGGCGGAAGCCGGCCGGCCGGCGCGGAGCCACGUGUCUGCGGGGCCGCUGCCAACGGGCCGGGCGGGGAGCCGGCUGCCGCCGGCGGGCACGGGGCCUCCCUCCGCCUCCUUCCUGUCGGGGAAUCCCCGGCUCGGGGCCGCGUUGGCGGCGUGGCACAGACAGGUGCGUGGCGGGCCCCGGGGCCUGCGGGGGGCGGGCGGCAACGCCGGGUCGGCGUGAGGGGAGCACGGGAGGGACUCGGCCGUGCCGCGGCGCUGCGGGAGCGAACGUUCUGGAGGUCGGGCCGCUGGGUUUGACUUCGUUAGGGUUUAAUCUACGUCGAACCCCCGGUCUGCUUCGUCGGGUCGGUGAGAGACGGUCAGAUAACGUGAAGCAGUCCCUGAUAGCGGCGGUUGUGCGGGCGUGUGUUUCUCGGAGCUUACACUCAAGUCCUUCCACAUAAACUUGGAAUGUCAGGAAUCAUGGGUAGCUUCAGCAAAGAAGAACUUGAAUUCACCUUCCUUGACGAGGGCUUUACUGCCAAGGAUAUCCUCGACCAAAAAAUAAACGAAGUGUCAUCUUCUGAUGAUAAAGAUGCCUUCUAUGUUGCUGACCUCGGGGAUAUUGUAAAGAAGCACAUGCGGUGGCAUAAAGCCCUUCCUCGAGUAACCCCCUUCUACGCUGUCAAAUGUAAUGACAGUGAAGCUGUAGUGAAGACUCUUGCUGUUCUUGGUGCGGGAUUUGAUUGUGCCAGUAAGACGGAAAUACAGCUGGUUCAGAGCAUCGGUGUACCUCCUGAGCGAAUAAUAUAUGCCAAUCCCUGCAAACAACUAUCUCAAAUCAAACAUGCUGCUAACAGUGGUGUACGGAUGAUGACAUUUGAUAGUGAAGUAGAACUAAUGAAAAUUGCAAGGGCCCAUCCGAAAGCCAAGUUAGUGUUGCGUAUCACAACUGAUGACUCCAAAGCAGUUUGUCGUCUCAGUGUUAAAUUUGGAGCUACUCUCAAGACAAGCAGGCUGCUUCUGGAGCGUGCAAAAGAGCUGGACCUUGCCAUUGUGGGAGUUAGCUUCCAUGUUGGAAGUGGAUGUACAGACCCGGAGACAUUUGUUCAGGCUAUUUCCGAUGCCCGCUGUGUGUUCGAUAUGGGAGCUGAACUUGGCUUCAAUAUGUAUCUGCUUGACAUUGGUGGUGGCUUCCCUGGCUCUGAAGACGUCAAGCUUAAAUUUGAAGAGAUCACAAGUGUAAUCAACCCAGCACUGGAUAAAUACUUUCCUUUGGAUUCUGAAGUAACUAUUAUUGCAGAGCCAGGAAGAUACUAUGUUGCAUCAGCAUUCACCCUGGCAGUCAAUAUCAUUGCAAAAAAGAUUGUGUCAAAGGAGCAGACAGGUUCUGAUGAUGAAGAUGAUGUGAAUGACAAAACACUCAUGUAUUACGUGAAUGAUGGUGUCUAUGGAUCGUUCAAUUGCAUCUUGUAUGAUCAUGCACAUGUUAAACCAGUUCUGCAAAAGCGGCCUAAACCAGAUGACAGCUGCUACUCCUGCAGCAUAUGGGGACCAACGUGUGAUGGCCUGGAUCGUAUUGUUGAGCGUUGUAACAUGCCAGAGUUGCAAGUUGGUGACUGGAUCCUGUUUGAAAACAUGGGUGCCUAUACUGUUGCAGCAGCUUCUACUUUCAAUGGAUUCCAGAGGCCAACAAUACAUUAUGUGAUGUCAAGACCAGCAUGGCAAUUAAUGCAACAGAUAAAGGAGCAGGAGUUCCUAGCUGAAGUGGAGGAGCAGGAUGUUGCUAGUCUGCCCCUCUCCUGUGCCUGUGAAAGUGGAAUUGAGUAUCCAGCAACUUGUGCUUCAGCUAGUAUUAAUGUAUAAAUAAUAAAUACUUAGAAACUAACUGCAAGUUUAGUCAUUGAAUUUAGGGCAUUUGGGGGACCAUUAACUUAAUUCUUGCUAGAAUUUUUAAGUGUUUUUUUAAAAGUUUAGGUUUGGCAUAAACACGACAAAAAUGACUAGGAGAUGGGUCACAUUUAUCUGUGUUCCUAUGGAAACUAUUUGAAUAUUGUUUUAUAUGGAUUUUUAUUCACUUUUCAUGUAUGCUAACUAAAGACUGACCCUCAGCUGUCAAACAAGUAUUUGUAGCUUGUGUAUGGCAGAAUGGGCUAAGCUUAGUGUUCUGUGACCUACCUGUUUUAAAAUAAAAGUAUAUUGAAAGAA